CACAACCCAACACACGUGUCUAAUGGUUCGUGUGACUGACACAAAGACAAACACUACACAGAUACUGAAUCGAUCAAUCAAUGGUGGUUGCGUCCAUUCGUCUUCUUCCUUCUCCAUUCCUUUCUUUCGCUCCUCGUCUCUCUCUAUAUUCAUGCCGCUCUCGUCCCUCUUCCGUUGUAGCCUUCUCUUCCGUCCACUCCACGGCUCCCAAGGGAGACGGUGGAGUGGAACUAGGUGGUGAUCAAAGACAAGCAGAAGUUAUUUUUUUGGGGACUGGAACCAGUGAAGGGGUUCCUCGUGUUAGUUGCUUGACUAACCCUUUACAUAAAUGUGAGGUGUGUUCAAAAGCUGCCCAACCGGGUAAUAGGAAUAGGAGACUUAACACAAGCAUUCUCAUUCGUCACCCCAAUUCUUCAGGAACACAGAACAUUCUUAUAGAUGCUGGAAAAUUUUUCUAUCACAGUGCUCUCCGGUGGUUUCCUGCUUAUGGGAUAAGAACAAUAGAUGCUGUCAUUAUUACUCAUUCACAUGCUGAUGCAAUUGGAGGUCUUGAUGAUCUCAGAGAUUGGACAAACAAUGUUCAGCCUCAUAUUCCAAUAUAUGUAACCAAACGAGACUUUGAGGUGAUGACAAAGACCCAUUACUAUUUAGUAGAUACUAGUGUUAUCUUACCUGGUGCCAAAGUCUCAGAGUUGCAAUUCAAAAUCAUAUCGGAAGAAUCAUUUUCUGUACAUGGACUGAAGAUUACCCCAUUACCAGUUUGGCACGGCCAGAAUUAUCGGUCCCUUGGUUUUCGAUUUGGUAAUAUAUGUUACAUUAGUGAUGUUAGUGAAAUUCCUGAAGAAACUUACCCACUUCUAAACAACUGUGAAAUUCUAAUCCUGGAUGCCUUAAGACCUGAUCGUUCUACUUCCACACAUAUUGGACUUCCAAGGGCGUUGGAGGAAGUGCGAAAGAUUCAACCCAAAAGAACACUCUUUACUGGUAUGAUGCAUCUGAUGGAUCAUGAAAAAGUGAAUGACUACCUUGCGAGCUUAUUGGAGUCUGAGGGCCUUGAUGCACAAUUGAGUUAUGAUGGACUUCGUAUACCAGUCAGACUCUAGAUUUUAUACAGCCUCAAUUUUUUUUUCUCAAAGAGAAGUUAUUAAACAAAACAUAUAAAUGAUUUCACAAGUUCUCACAUUCUGCAGACUACUGCAACUAUUCCACCUUGUCAUUGUUAUUUCCUUGUCUCUAUUAGCGACAAGGAACACUUAUACCAUAAUGUAACAGGAUCUUUUUCCCUUUACAAUGAGAUAAUUAAUUUUGUAGCGAA